UGUAUCCAGGUGUGUCCCAGGUGUAUCCAGGUGUAUCCAGGUGUGUUUUCAGGCUCGGUGAUCCUGGAGCUGUCCAAGGAGAAGCCCACAGAGCGGCACCUGGACCGUCAGGCCGCCCAGUUCGGCGCCGCCGUGGCCAAGGUGGAGGCCGAGCUGUCGGCACAGAUCCGCUACCUGACACAGGUGGCCACGGGGCAGCCCCACGAGGGCUCGAGUUACGCGGCCAGGAAGAGCUGCCAGCUGGCCCUCAACCGCCUGGACUACGCCCGGAGGCGCCUGGCGGAGCUGGCCCGCGCCUGCGAGCAGAUGCUGGAGCAGUGACAGCCUUGGGGACAUCGUGGGACAACGUGGGACAACAAGGGACUCAGUGGGACAACGAGGGGACAUCGUGGGGACGUCCCUUGGGGCACCAGAGAACUGGAAAAUGGGACUUUUGUGGGGUGUGACACUUUGGGGACACCUUGGGGACACCCCCAGGGACACCUUGGAGCCUUGGGGACGUCGUGGGACAUCGUGGGACAACGAGGGGACACUUUGGGGACACCCCUGGGGCACCAGAGAACUGGGAAAUGGGACUUUUAUGGGGUGUGAGACUUUGGG